AUGGGGGAGUACGCGGCGGUCAAGACGUCGGUGUGGUGGGACAUCGAGAACUGUGCCGUCCCGCGCAGCUGCGACCCCCAGCUCAUCGUCCAGAACAUGAGCUCAGCCCUCGCCACCGCCGGCUACCGCGGCCCCAUCUCCGUCUCCGCCUACGGGGACACCCACCAAAUCGCCCACAACGUCCAGCACGCCCUCUCCAGCACCGGCGUCUCCCUCCACCACGUCCCCGCCGGCAUUAAAGAUGCAAGUGAUAAGAAGAUCUUGGUUGACAUGCUGUUCUGGGCUAUUGACAACCCUCCGCCAGCGAAUUAUCUGCUAAUCUCUGGUGAUCGGGAUUUCUCUAAUGCCCUUCAUAAGCUUAAGAUGAGGCGGUACAAUAUUCUUUUAGCACAACCUCCAAAUGUGUCUCAAACGCUUACUGCUGCAGCAAAGAGUGUUUGGCUCUGGAGAAGCCUUGUGGCUGGAGAACCACCAUUAGCAGUGUCACCAUACAUAAGCAGCGCAUCAAGUGGCAAUAAGGAUGAUUUGGAUACGUCAAGGAACACUGUUCCAAAUUCUUCAGCAGCAGCACAAGAUACUAACCCUCAAGUGCAGAAUUCUUCUCAGCGUGAUUAUCAAAAUGGUGGUAAUGGGAAGGUAGAUAAGCAAUCCAAAGUGAAGCAACCUCGAAAAAAUCAGACAGACAAUGCAUCUAAACCAGCAGGCAAAAAGGAAAAUUCAGUUGAUGGAGUUGCUGAUAAUUCCAAAGGAAGCACUGCUAACCAACCAAGUCAGCCUUCUACACCAUCAUCAAGUUCUUCAUCUAGUCCUGAACGCCAGAAUAGGGCAAAGGUGAACCAGACAAGUAUACCUAAAAACCCACCCCUUUUCCUGCCUAAAAAGCCUGCAAAACCCACUAAUUCCCAUCAAAAGAGUGUUUCUCAUGACUAUUUUGGUAGUAAGAAGUCUGGUGUGUCAACUGAAUCUGCACAGAAAAAUGGUGCUCCUGAUUCUGGCAAUGGUAGUGGCCAUAAUCAUUCAAAACACCAUAACCAAUCCUCUCAGCCGCCAAGACCACAUAAUCCAGUGACUCCUCGUCCUCACAAUGGACCUGGUAAUUUCCACACAUCAAAUUUACAUAGAAGUAGUUCAUGUCCACCACAAGCUCCACAAGGUGGGCAUACUGGUGUUCCCACUUCACCAUUGCAGUCCUGGCCAAGUGCUCCUCCUCCCCCCCAUCAUGUCCCGCCAGUUAAUUAUCCUGAUAUGAGUCGGCUGAAUAUUUCUGGAUACCCAAUAGGGGCUCAUGACAACCAAGGUUCAAACGUCAGCUACCAUCCAAACUAUUCUGGUGCUGUUCAGCCUCCUUACAAUAAUUAUAGUUACAGACAUCCAACUCCACCUAAUAUAUCCAGCAACAUGCAAAAUGCUGGACAAUGGGGUGCAAACACUGGAUGUUCGCAGCCAUCUUCUGACUCUCAAAUUCUUAUAAGAAAUAUCUUAAGUGCUUUGGAAGUACUGAAGACUGAGAAGCUUGCACCAACCGAACAGCAUAUAUCAGAUUGUGUGCGUUAUGGAGGUGCUAAUCUACCACAAUUUGAUGUUAAGAAGGCUCUUGAAGUUGCCAUUCAGCAUCAAGCCAUCGUAACGAAAAAGUUAGGACUUGUGUCAUUCUUUCUGGGAAAAGGUGAAAAUCUCUGGAAAUGCGUGAAUAUAAUGGAUACCAAUGCUAGGCACUCAAAAGAGACUCUAGAUACUGUUCAUAGGUACAUAUCUACCGCCCCUGGAUGCUCUGCGAUAAAGAACUCCCAAUCAAGGUAUCACGCUGCAACUCUCUUGAAGAAAACAUGCUUGAAACGUCUUUCCCUUGGUGAAGUUCUUCAAGUUUUGUAUAUCGCAACCGAUAAAAUGAAGUGGUUUGUUCCUCACUCUUCAGGCUGGCAGCCUCUAUCAUGGAACGUGACAGUGGCUGAUACUGCUCCAGAUGCUAGUGGAAAAUCCUAG